AUGGCUUCACGUCUCGCAAGAAGCGCUCUUGGCGCUGCCCGCAUCCGGCCAACCCUCCCCAUCCGAACCCUCCCUGCCAUCACCCAGCUCACCUCCACCCGCUCGGCCUCCAAUGUCCCCGCCGAAGACCCGAAGAAGAAGGCCCAGUCCAUCAUGGACUCGAUACCGGGCAGCAGCGUCGUCGGCAAGGCGGCCGUGCUCUCCGCCGGCGCUGGGCUGUCCAUUGCCGCGAUCAGCAACGAGCUCUACGUCGUCAACGAGGAGUCGAUCGUCAUGUUCAGUCUGCUGACCAUCUUCUGGGCGGUCGCUCACUACGGUGGUCCGAUGUACAAGCAGUGGGCGGAGGGCCAGAACGCGAAAAUCAAGAGCAUUUUGAACGCGGCUAGGCAGGACCAUACCGAGGCGGUUAGGCACCGCAUUGAUAGUGUCAAGGACUUGGGCGGGGUCAUUGAUAUCACUAAGUCGCUGUUCGAGGUUUCGAAGGAAACCGCUCAGCUUGAGGCGAAGGCCUAUGAGCUGGAGCAGAGGACUGCCCUUGCUAGCGAAGCCAAAUCUGUUCUUGAUUCGUGGGUACGUUACGAGGGCCAGGUCAAGCAGAGGCAGCAGCGUGAGCUUGCGGAGAGUGUGAUCGCCAAGAUCGAGAAGGAGCUGCAGGAUCCCAAGGUGCUCAAGCAGAUCCUGGACCAGAGCGUGAAGGACGUGGAGAGGAUUGUGUCGCAAAAGGCAUAA